AUGGCUGCACUUGAUAAUCUCUCAGUAGCGGCCAACGUACUGCAGGUUAUUGGCUUUGCCGACACAGUCUUUCGUGCAGGGAAAAAUCUCUACGACCUCUUCGACAAGGCUCGGUCUGCAUCAAGGAAUAUUACGCUGUUGCUUCUCGAGCUCCAAGCGUUGCUAUCGAUUGUGGCCUUCGUCCAUGUGGUUAUCAACGAACAUGCGUCAUCGCCGUUCGCACAAGAUGAUGGCCACAUGCUGCCAAAUGUCCACACAAUUCUAACGCUAAUCGAACAAGACUUUCGACACCUGAGAGGACUACUAGGGCAGGUGGCUGGUUCCGGAAGUGAACGCUGGUUAUCAUUAUUCGGAAGCCUUCGAUGGGCGCUGAAAGACCAUGAGAUUGCGGCUUCAAGAUACAGACUUGCUCACUACACUCAGAACUUGACUGCUGCCUUGUCUGUUUCUGGAAGUCGGAAAGAUGGUGUUAUUACUCCGGGCACCGUGGGUUUCAACUGUUCAGGCCCUUCAUUUAUCAACUGUUUCCAUCCAAAAAUCAACAUCUAUGAGAAGGCAGAUCAAACAGUCUUUUUUGAUACUGGCAACUACACGCUCGGCCAGAUCACGAAACCAGCCCUGCUACUUCGAGAUUCACUCAUUCGAUCUUUUCAAGCAAUGCACGUCAAGCAUGUUGUGAGCAUUAGCAAAGCUCAACUGGAGCACUUGCAAGUGCUCUUCGAAUUAUUUCUUGCAUCAGCUCAUACAUCGUCAGCCGAGGCUAUCAUAGAGAAGUACGGCAACAAUUCAAGAACCAAGCGACUCGAUCGAGCCUUCCCUGCCAAAAAAUGCGAGGACUCGCAAAGACGAGGAAUCGAGUCCAGCAUCAUGGCAAAGAGAUCCUUACCGACAUACCUGCAAGUAACGGAUAUGACACUCGAUACCAACGUCGGUUCUGUGAAGGGAACGGUAUAUUCAGCAUGGUCUUGCAUAAAUUCCAGAACUCUAGCAUUUGCUUUCGAAUACCUGGGGGACAAAAGGCUCGGGUUAUCGCCUUUUACGGUCCAAUUUAUGGCCCAUGAGCUCAAGAGCUAUUUGCCUCUGCAGCCGCCUGUGGAUUAUUCCUCAAUGUAUUUCACCAAUAACAGCUUUUCCUCCGAAUACCCCGGGUACUCUUACCGGUGCUCUUGCGUGUACUACCAGAUGAUAUACUACGCUAAGGCCCGCCACUAUUUCGCACCAGGUCGGUGGUUAGAAAUGCAGUUCAUACUGAUGCCUAAACACUGCAGCACCGGCAGUCGUGCGCAAGAUGUCGAGAAAUUCUUGCGACUGCGAUCGUCCGUCGCGAAGGCAACCGGCAAGAAACAUAAGAGGGUGGCCAAGUUCUUUCCCACGUUAUUUCUCAUAGAGGCUUUUGAGUCUAUUCUCGACAAUUAUACAAAUGCUGCCAAUGACGAAGGGAAAGUCGACGAUCUUAGUGACUCUAGCAUUUCGUUUUUCUACGACUCAGUUACGGGUACUGAGUUGCUCACUGAUCAUAUCUCUUCGGUUAUUUCCAGAAUCAGUUCUUACCCAAAAUCCCGCCUUGCUGUCGCUCUGGCGAACUGGUUCACUCCUCUGCUUUAA